AUGUUGAGAAAACGACUGCGCGACGAAACACUGCCCAGGUCAAUAAUCUAUAGCAUUAUGGCAUUGGCUGCCCGCUUCUCCGAUGAACCGGAAGUGCGACAACGGACCAAGGAAUUCUUCGAACUUGCCAAAUUCGCGCUGAAAUUGGAUAUUGAUAAUGUCAGUCUCGACACCAUCCAUGCAAGCAUCUUGGUUGGGAAUCUCUGCGGAGCCGAAGGGGAGACUGCAGGCGAGGCUCUAUUUUUUGGUAAGAAAUUCUUUUCAAAUGUUACGAGUAUCUCGCCUCACCAAAAUUCAGGAAUUGCGUUCCGCAUGGCACAUGUGCUUCAUCUCCCGGACCCCGACCCCGCAGACGAUACUAUUACACAGGAGGUCAAAGUGCGUACAUGGUGGUCGUUGUAUAUGAUCGAUACUUGGUCAUCAGCAGGCCUCAACAUACCGCGUCAAAUACACGACAAGGGCACAAAUCGUCUUCCAAUGUGCGAGAGGAAUUUCUGGUGCCUUGAGCCUGGGCAGAGGCUUGAAUACGAUGCCCAAUUCGGGAUUGGUUUGUGGGGGUACAUGGUCAUGCUUGCUCGCAUAUUCAGUCAUGUCCAGGACCUUCAUGUCAAGCUCGCCGAUGGAGAGCUGAACGAGCAGCAGGUAGAAGAGGUUACUGAGGCAUUGGCUGAUCGGCUUGAUAGAUUCUUGGAAGAACUUCCAUCGGAUCUACACUUCACUGUAGACAAUCUCGAGUCUCAUGCUGCUGCAGGCCUUGGGCGAGGAUUUGUCGCUCUUCAUUUAGGGUAUCACCACUACGCUACCCUGCUAUAUUUCCAGUAUCUUGACAUCCAGCUCCGCGAGACACCAAGUCGCACCUUGUUUGUUGCUCGUUGCAAGUAUCACGCAGCUUCUUUCAGCGAUAUAUUGAGGCUAUCCCAUGAGACCGAAGAGUGUGGGGUGAUUUAUCUCAUUGUUGCACACAUGACCGUUGUGUCAUCCUCUGCAUUGCUACAUACAUUGCUCUUCGGGAGCCAAGAUGAACUACAAAACACGCGAAAACGAUUAUGUCACAAUUUCGAGCUUCUGUUGAAGUUGAAGCAAUACUGGCCCGGAGUGGAGCUCAUGAUGGACCGUUUAUUCACAUUCCAGAAAGUGUGCAUGCAGUCUAUGGACAGCAUCUAUACCGCCGACAGAUGGAUUGUAAAGUUCCUUCUACAACAUGCCUUACCAAUCGAAGAAGAGGCCGGAACACCAACAGGUUCUGACUUCGCAGAGCGCGGCCAAUACGCACGAGAUGCCUUGUCAAUCCUUCGACCGUUGGUGUGA